GCUGCAACAUAUAUUCUGCACCGCACGCGGGUAAGAACGAAGCUGCCUGUCCUUUUUCCGUCGUACGUUCUGCAUCAGCUUUUUCUUGAUUUGCAAGAUGAAAACCUCCUCCCCUCUUGUUUCGCAGCCAAACAUGGGUAAAAAGCAGAAUGGCAAAGGCAAGAAGGAGGUCCUGGAGGCAGAGCCGCCGGAGGAGUAUGUUGUGGAGAAGGUGAUGGACCAGCGCAUUGUCAAUGGGAAGGUGGAAUUUUUCCUCAAGUGGAAAGGAUUUACAGAAGCGGAUAACACUUGGGAGCCAGAGGAUAACCUGGACUGUCCUGAGCUGAUCUCGGCCUUCCUUGAAGCCCAGACGAACGUGGUAGAAAAGCCUGACUCCAACAAGAGGAAGUCCUCAACAGAUGAGCCGGAGACAGAGGAAAACAAAGCCAAGAAGAAGAAGGAUGUGAGUGACAAGCCACGGGGCUUUGCCAGGAGCCUGGACCCAGAGAGGAUCAUCGGUGCAACCGACAGUAGUGGAGAACUUAUGUUCUUGAUGAAGUGGAAAGACUCGGACGAGGCAGACCUAGUCCCGGCCCGGGAGGCCAACACCCGCUGCCCUCAGGUGGUCAUCUCCUUCUACGAGGAGAGGCUGACCUGGCACUCCUGUCCUGAGGAUGAGGCGCAGUAGCACCCCUUCCUUGCCCAGCUGAUGUCCCCUGUGGCCCCCCCUGACCUUCGACCUCCAUCCUGUCCCUGAUCCUGCCUCAUAUGACUUUUCUCCGUCUCUUCUCUCGCCCCUCUGUACUUUUUUGACAUUUACAAUGUUUAGCCAUAGUUUUAGUGCAGAGCAGUCGGGUGAACGCCUGUGCUUUGGUACAUAUUUUAGUGAUAGGACAACAUUGUUUACUGGGAAAGGGACUGAGGAGGAUGUGGUGAAAUGGGUAGGAUGUGGAAAUAAGGGGAUGGGUGAUUUGUCUCUUUUCAUGGACCUAUUCCUCAUCCAAAACUGUCAGGGACUAGUUCCUCAGUCGAUAUAGUUAUGUUUGAAAAUGAACACCGUGGAUCAUAUGAAAUCUUGAUUUAUUUCUCCCCCACCCAUAUAAUCACUUGUCAGACAUGUAUUUUCAAGGUGGUGCAUGGCUGUUCUGUUAACUGUCUAGCCCCCUUUCCCCUCUUCUCCCUCCCAUGAAACUAGUUUCCCCCCAAUGGUUGCAUACUUGAAUCCCUUGAACAGUGUCUUUUGCUGUAUAUUCACUUUGUAAAUAUUUUUUUCAAGAAGCUGUUCAAUAAAGGUUUAUAUGCUUCAUUUUACCACC